AGUGCCCCAGUGUCGGCCGCGCCGCCGCCGCGGUCAUGGAGCCAUGAGCGACCUGCAGGCCACCUUCGAAUUCUCCAUCGAGCUCUACAAAUUCUACAAUGUGGACCUCUUCCAGAGAGGCCUAUACCAGGUCCGGGUCGGCCUCCGGGUGUCUCCGAAGGUGCCAGUCCACAUCGAGGCCUCAGUCGCGAGCUCCAACGCCGCGGCGCGCGCCGGCCGCCCCGCCGCCGCCGCCGCGCUGGUCGGCGGGCUGGCCGCGUCGAGAGCCUUCCAGAUUAUGUAUAGGAAUGAGGAGGUCACGCUGAGGGAUGUCGCGCAUUUUAGGGCGCAUUUGUUGGUCGACAGCCGCAACCUCAAAGAGUCCCUCGAGCGAGCGGAAUGGAGCCUCGGAGUGGAGCUCUGGUGCUCCGAGGGCGCCCAGUCCGCCACCCUGGCUCCAGUCGCCUGUCGCGUGUUGAAGCUGCACUUCCAACCAGCCCAGGGCCUGCACUACCACCUGCCUGUGCUGUUUGACUACUUCCAUCUGGCUUCAGUGUCUAUUACUAUCCAUGCCAGCCUGGUGGCGCUGCAUCAGCCGUAUAUCAAGAAGAGCAUCAUGCACUACGUUCAAAGCUGCACGCCCCGGUCCAGCAAGCAGUGGGGCAAGCUGAUGAAGGGCGCGGGCGGGUUCAGCGCGCCGGGCGGGCUGGAGCAGGCGCUGUUCGGGUCCAGUGCCAAGUGCACGGGCAGCAACUCCGGGAAGAUCGCUCAUGCCAGACAAGUCCACGCGGAGGUCUGCGGCAUCCUGCUCGGUUCACUAGAAGGCCUCCAGAAUGCCCUGUCAGUCUGCGGCUCCACGGGAGCACUCCUGACUCCUGAAGAGACCAGCUCCAACUCCAUCGUGGGGGAGGUGGCGCAGCGGCUCAAGGAUCUUAGUGAGAUGGGCAGGAAGUCCGAAGCGCACGGCGAGGACGAGGAGUGGGCGAUGGGCGCCGCGCACGACAUCGCGCGCCUCUGUGCCGAGGUCACGCUGCGGUGGCGCGCCUUCCUGCACCACACGACUGACCGACCCCAUGUUCAUCAUGCCUUGGCUGCGAGACACCAUGCUUUACGCAUAAAGCGCUUCGCGGAGUGCUUCUUCGUGCUGGACAACCCGCGGCACUCGCUGGCCGGCUGCUACGACGGCCACUACCAAUCGUACCAGAGCGUGGGCGAGGCGGCGCGCCGCUCGCGCUACCUGGCGCUGCUGCCGCCGCUGCCGGUGCACUGCAUCGCGCUGGAUGGGGAUCCGCAUAUCAUGCCGAUUAUAUUUGAGGAUAGAUACCAAGACACUGCAGAAUUUGCGAGACGACGGUCAGUUUUGACAACCACCUCAAGCAAAUCCGGCAGUGAUCCGUUCCUCAACUCAGACGCGGUGGAUGACUGCGCCUGCAGUGUGACGUCACUCAUGGACUCCCGAAGACCAUCCUCCGAGGCAUCGAGAGUCACCCUCACAUUACCCAAAACCCUCAUGGAUGUCCUCGACCCUCAGUUCAGCUCGCAAAAGUCAAACGUCAUGCAAGCCACGCUGACCCUCGCGCCCCAAAAGUCAGCUGGCAAUUCUCCUAAACGAGCGUUAGUGAAACAAAAUCUGGUUGAGCUCAGUAAACCCCAAAAUAAACAACUCGAGCUUACCGGCCGGAACAGAUACAUAGUUCAAAACAAUCAAAUUAGUGAGAUUCAGCUUCCCCCAAACAAUUCAUUUUCUUCGUGCCCCAUUCAGCAAGGACAGCAGAUGUCGCGAUAUUCAGCUUCAACGCUACUGGACAUUAACGGCACAAGGUCCAAUACCAACGUUUCUCAGAUUGGAAAAGAGAAGGCUGAAAUUCACGGAGAGUUUCACCAGAGACAUCACAUCACGAGCGGAGUGAGCACCCUGCCGGCCAGACACAGCAAAUCACUCGACCAGCUCCGGAUGUCUCAAGUGGCUUCGUUCAACAACGCACAAGCCUUAUCCAAGGAAGUCAGAAACGGCUCCAACGUAUCCAUGAAUUACCCCAAGUCCUACGCGCCCCCUCAUCAAACCAAGCCCACCACCCUGCCCCGCAGCGUCACUACCACCGCCUACCCCACAAGCACCACCACAAGAUGCGCUAAAGGCGACGACUACAGAAGAAACAUUAACGAAUUCAGAGAAAAGUACAAAAACCCAUGCAACCUCAACAUGAAUCACAUGAGCGGUGAAGUAUUCCAUAACGUAGGCUAUAAGUAUGAUCAAAAUGUGGUGAAGGGUCAUCCCAAUCAAAUAUACGGUUAUGCAUUCGGAAAUCAGGGUAAUAUGCAAGUGAAUAACCUUAUUCGUAAUCCUUUAGAGUUUCAAAGAGGCUAUAAUGUAAAUUUACCCCGUCCCAUGUUGCCUCCGCGUAAUUCUUACCCACCCGUCAGUGGGAAAGCGCAAGUGACUGAACAAAAUAGCUUAGUUUCUAAUAAACACGUACACAGAUCUAAUUCUACACACGUGUUUCAUCAAAAUGUAGAGAAUCCAAAUAUUGAUAUUGAGGCGGCUCGAAAUCAACUAAGACAUGAACUGAAUUAUUAUUUACAAAAGGGUGAUUGGAGCUACGACUUCAACACUGGAAGUUUAAUACAAAAUUAUCAUAAAAAGUCAAGCAAAAGCAGCGAUGAUAGCGGCUUUGUUAUGACCUUAGAUAGGAGUAGCGAUGGAACGUCAAAAUCGACGUACUCAAAAACCCCUCCAUCUACUCCGCAUUCCACGAUGCCUUCGGUACGACAUAAAAAGAGUAGAUCGAAAGACAAACUUAAUCAAAAUGGGAAAGAUACAGCAAAACUAAAUUCUAGUCGAGACUCGUUAAGUAGUCAUCAUUCAAUAAGAUCAAGAGAUAGUAAAUCAGACAGGCAUACCUCUAAGUCUGAAAGGAGCACACCUAAAUCUGACCGAGGUACACCAAAAUCAGGUAAAGGUACUCCUAAAUCAGGCUGUAUAACACCAAAAUCUGGAUUAGCAACGCCAAAGUCUGGCAGAACAACUCCUAAAUCAGGGAUGGCUACACCAAAAAGUGGAAGAUCUAGUGGAAAACCUGAAAGACGAAGCAAACACAAAGCUUCGGAGAAAAUGACUCAAUUGAUGUCCGAAGCUGCUUCAACUUCUUCGAGUAAUGAAAGCAUACCCUUUGAGUUGAGGAGACUAGAAACAUCAGCAAGUGUUCCUUACAGCUUGGAUCACGGACCUGAGUUACUAAGACACUGCAGAAGUGCUGCUUCAGUUUUAGAUGAGCCAAACAUUAACACCACAUUCGGGUCAGAAUCUUUGCCUAACUUAGCACCACCGCCUGCAUUCGAAUCUCCACCGUUAGAUAUAGGGGACAAAGAUUUCAAAAUAAUGCCACCUGAUGUGUUUAAAAAUAAGAAUGAGAAGCGAAGUCGAAGUUGUUCGACGUCGAGUCUGAGUGAGCAGAGCGGGUGGGUGUCAAGCGGCCGCAGCUCUGGACCCUCUUCCCCAGAUGUGGCAAGUCAAUUAAACCAGGAGGUGCCUCCGCCACCCAUCAAACCUACAGCAACCAAACCAUCGAAACAUAAAGACGAUGGAAACUACGAAAGAGAAUCCCGGAAGAGAGAUGAUGAAACCAUUAAAGAAUUUAAGAGGACAAUUCUGAACGGAGAUCAGUUGAGGGAAAGACUGCUUAAACUUGCUGUAAAAGUAACCCAGAGCAAUCCUAAUGAGAAAAUUGAGUGUUGUGAUAAAGCUGUAUGUGAAGAAUGUACAAUAUGUAGCGACUCUAUAUGCACUGAUAGCCAAUGUGAGUUUAAUAAACUUAUGCAUGAUAAUGGAAUAGAUGCUGGAUGUAGUUCAGAUACUUCCAACUGCUGCUUCUCACAAUGCGCAGAAGUAAACGCUGCCAAGUUGAAUCAACGGCACAAUUCAUUCAGCGCUGUUCAAUGCAAAUCAUACAAUACUACACCCAAGCAUGGAUCAGAAGGGACUGUGAAAAAGUCGCAAACCAUCAGUGACAACCUCCAUCCUUACAUCCGUAAGGAAGUACAACCAAAACCCCAGAAGCAGCAGCAGCCGGCAGCCAAAUCUAGUACUCUGGACAAAACGAAAUUACGUGAUCGGAUAGAAUAUACGGAGAAGCUUAUCGCUGCUGAAAUCCUUAGUUUAGCUGUCGACCGUUCUUGCAAGUCUCAUAACGGUAAGAAACCGUCGGGUGCUGUAGGAUCCGUACAGAAGUACCACAACAAAGCGAGAUCUGAAGUAGACUUGUCUCACUUCAACGACAAUGACUACGAGCAUCUACCGCCACCUCAGCAAUUCCGUGAUGCGCCUCCACCGCCUGAACAGUUCAAGGUAACGCAGGACCCUCCGUCUAAGUCGCCGAAACUGAGUAGGCAGAGUAGUAAAGCAUCGACGCCUUCGAAGACGCCGCAGAGACAAGGGCCCUCUCAGCCUCUGCAACUUGAUAAUCCUCUUUACCAUGUUUGUGAAGGUAUAAUGGAAAGGAGAAAGUUGCGUCCGCAUCAGUCGAUAAACUCAGCGAUCACCCCGACCGCCAGCACUCUCAACAAGAGCCAGAGCACCGGCGAAUUGGCAAAUAGGAAUGAAAACGGUGGGAAAGAGAAACGAGAGAGCAACCUCGUCAGUAUCUUCGGCCUGGCGGAAUCAGAGAGACUAUUCGUGAAAUGCCGUGAGGAGUUCCGGCAGAGCGUCAAGUACCCGGGCGCCAUCUACUCGGACUUUCCGCCGCUUGAGAACUCGCUGCCUUACUUCCAUAUCAGUGACGAGUACAGAAUGUUUAACCCUGAAGGUCUCCACCUAAUAAUCUGCGUGCACGGCCUCGACGGCAACGCGGCGGACCUGCGCCUCGUGAAGACGUACCUGGAGCUGGGGCUGCCCGGAGCCAGGCUCGACUUCCUCAUGUCCGAGCGGAACCAGGGCGAUACGUUCUCGGACUUCGAUACAAUGACUGAUAGACUCGUCCAAGAGAUCGUGACCCACAUCCAGAACUCCACCGAGCCUGGCCGCAUCAGCUUCGUGGGCCACUCACUGGGCACCAUUAUCAUCCGUUCGGCCCUGGCUCGGCCGCAGAUGAAGCCGUUCCUGAACAAACUGCACACGUUCCUGUCUCUCAGCGGGCCGCAUCUCGGCACGCUGUAUAACUCCAGUGGGCUGGUUAAUGCUGGAAUGUGGUUCAUGCAGAAAUGGAAGAAAUCCGGCUCGCUACUCCAACUCUCUCUCAAAGACCAGCCUGACCCGCGUCGCUCCUUCCUCUACCGACUCAGCGAGAGGAGUCAGUUGCACUACUUCAAGCACAUCCUGCUGUGUGGCUCGGGGCAAGACAGAUACGUCCCUCUUCAUUCAGCCCGCCUGGAGCUGUGCAAGGCGGCGGCCAAGGAUACGUCGCUGCUCGGGCAGGCGUAUAGAGAGAUGGUCCACAACAUGGUAUCACCCCUCGCAGCCCGCGCCUCCUCAGUAGCAGUCGUCCGCUACGACGUGCAACACGCUCUACCGCACACCGCCAGCGCUCUCGUCGGCCGAGCAGCGCAUAUAGCUGCUUUAGACUCCGACCUGUUUAUUGAGAAGUUCCUUCUGGUUUCCGCGCUGAAGUACUUUAGGUAA